CGGAAGCGUAGACAGGGCGAUUGUUGUUUGGGAACGGCGACAGCGAUGUUUUAAAUGUGGAGUGGAGUUAUUGUAAUCGUUUUGAGCUUGUAAUAGCGGUCCACAGCACGGCCGCAUAACUGUAUAAUUCUCCGCUACAUCAUGGCUGGGUGUUUUUAGUCGUUUUUAUUGUGUCUCGUGGCUCUGUCUUUAGCGCGAGCGGAGUGUUUUCGGAGGGUCGCUAGCUAGCUAAGCUAAUCGAAUGUAAACAAGCAGAGGUUCAGCUGUGCGAUCCUGUAGGGGAAAAGAGGGCGAAUCGGAGAAGUGCACUGAUGACAGCGAGUGAUAUGAUUUAUUCCAUCUGUUUCGCAUUAAAAGCUCGAGCUGCCAUCGUUCUUUAAGAGAGAUAGAAGAGAUUGCGUGUAAUAUUGAGGAGGACACCUCCCUCCAUCCCUCCCUCCCUUCUUUCUUUCUUUCCUUCCUUCCUUCCUUCCUUCCUUCGCUUCUACAUUUGCUAGCUGCAGUAGUUAGGCUGAUACCGUAAGACAACUUCUGCAGUUGGUGCUAUUUAUAGCUUAUAUAGAGUUUCAGAUGGAAUAACAUUGAAAGCAGUACAGAAACCGGUUUGUGAAAUACGCAGAGCAUUCCACGUCUCAAUCACGUCAUAGAAUGAACUAAGUACAUGAAGAGAUUUUGAGAGUUUGAGCCACAAGGACGUCUUAUAUUGCUUGGGGUGUAGAGUUUAAAGCUGUUGGAGAAGGACGCCUGUCAUGGCCCAUCAGCAGAUGCCCAGUUCCCAGAAGGCCCUAAUGCUGGAGCUCAAGUCUCUGCAAGAGGAACCUGUCGAGGGCUUUCGCAUAACGCUGGUGGCAGAAUCAGACCUGUACAACUGGGAGGUGGCCAUAUUUGGACCCCCGAACACACUUUACGAGGGGGGAUACUUUAAGGCCCAUAUAAAGUUCCCCAUCGACUACCCGUACUCGCCACCAACCUUCCGCUUCCUAACCAAGAUGUGGCACCCAAACAUAUACGAGAAUGGCGAUGUGUGUAUUUCCAUCUUGCAUCCUCCCGUGGAUGACCCUCAGAGUGGAGAGUUACCCUCAGAGAGGUGGAACCCUACACAGAAUGUCAGAACUAUAUUGCUGAGCGUGAUCUCGCUGCUGAAUGAGCCCAACACGUUUUCCCCAGCUAACGUGGAUGCUUCGGUCAUGUUCCGCAAAUGGAGAGACAGCAAGGGAAAGGACAAGGAGUAUGCUGAGAUCAUAAGGAAGCAGGUGCUGGCAACGAAGGCAGACGCUGAUCGGGACGGCGUGAAGGUGCCCACUACGCUGGCCGAAUAUUGCAUCCAGACCAAAGUGCCUUCCCACGACAGCAGCUCUGACUUGCUUUACGACGACCUGUACGACGACGACAUCGAGGAAGAGGACGACGACGACGACGAAGCAGAGGCCUGCGGGCCGGCUGGGGACAUGAGCGCAGACUGCUACGGCGACGAAGAGGACUCUGGGAACGAGGAGUCUUGAUGCCGUGAUGUUGACCCUUCCCCCUUUUCCACCCCACCCCUCUCUGUGUCUGUUCAAGCUGCUGAUCUUUUACAGUUUGCCUGAAGCAUCAUUUCUCCCUUCUGCACACCUGCUGCGUGAGGUGUAACCCUGCACUGGGGUUUUAGAGCCCCAAUAAUGAGCCCUGGCAAAGCCUUUCGAGCAAGAACAGCACUCUUAACACCCCUUUCAUUACUCUGUUUAAAGAAAAUUGUUUUAAAGGUAGUCCUCUGGGUUUACCGAUUUCCAGAAUAAAGGAAUAGUUCAGUAAUAAAAAUCUAAUUCUCCGUUUACCGCAAAUGUACUUGAUCAGUUUGGUGUUCGUUUGGUGUUCUUCUUUAGCUUUGGUAUCGGAGCUGUUAGGCUAAUGUACGUAUCGUGUACCAGAAGUAAUGGCACACAGACUUGUAAUUGUGGAUUAGGACACAGUAUGACUUUCUUUAAUCUGUAAACAUGAACAAAAUUUGAGUGUGGCCGAAUGUCCGUAUUUGGGGGGGGGACAGAAUUUUUCUUUUUCUUAGUACUUUGGUUUUGUACCAUUCUACCUCUUAGGCACCACCUCCCAAAAUGUGAAAGCAGAAUUGUACUUGAUCAGAUUAGAUCGUGGAUCGAGAGUUUCCUUGUUAGCUGAACAUCAGAUGCCAAACGGUCCUGUCUGAUCAACCACAUUUUGGGUAAAAAUUUCAUUUUGAUGAAUUCUUUCUUUAAAAAUAAGUCACAUUAAUAACCACAGACCAGUCACACUUUCCCAGCAUCCAUCUUCCUCAGCCUGCCUCGAAACCUCAGGGCUUUUGGAUACUCGCUCCUUCCAGUCCAGUCAUUUCUUGUGUCUCCACUGAAAUUCCCUAGCAUCCUCUCCAAUGUCUCAGUUUUGUUUCCUCUCCCCAACCCCCCCCCCCCCCCCCCAUUAUGUUCCUGAACUAUCCUUUAGCAGUAGCAGGUGACUCUUAAUUCCUCCUCUGUUUUCAUAUUCCAACAAACCCCGAACGCUCGAGUGCCACUCAAACUGUCUGUGUAUAAUGACUGAUUUACUCUGCUUUCAUAUAGUUUUCCAGGUAAGUAUUUGCGAUGGAAGGAGGAAAUGGUGAGAAAGGGUUUCGUUGCAUGCGAGUCACACCUUUUUUCGAGUCUUUUGAGCCAUUCAAUUCAAGUGUCAAAGGUGGUGAUGAAGUUAGUUUUAAGGUGCUACUGCAGUAUAAACUCGAAACGAUCGCAGCAUCAGCAUGGACCUCAGUAUCUCAGCUAAAGAUGGAUCAGUUAGUUAGUUAGUUUAGUUAAAAACUUGGUAGGCAGACUUCUGUUAUGAUGAAGAUGCUGUUAAGUGAACGCAUCCAACUUUUGGCCCUUUUUUUAAAAAAGAGAGAGAGAGAGAGAAGAAAUAGACAUGAUUGUUGCUGGUGAUGAUUUAACUGUGCACAAAAUCAAAGUAUAUGCAUUUAGUUGCACCGUGGAUUGGUUGCACCUAACCAUUGCUGUUUUAUUUUCUAUUGCAUUUGAUUUUGUAUCCGAGCUGACUUUGUUCCAAUAGUUUUGACUAUGAACUUGAUUUUACCAGCUGUUCAGGUCUGGGGUUGGAGAUUACAGACUGCCAAGGACACUUGGCUCAUCCUGAUGUCUUGAAGAGCCCUCUUCAGUCCAGACCUAAAAUUUUUGCUUUGUCAGAGCUUUUUUUUUUUUUUCCCCUUUCUUUUUUUUUCUCCCUGCCAUGAGCAUGCAUGUGUGUUUGUUUUAAUGUGUUUUAUAUAAUGUGUCUUUAUGAAUUUAGGCACAAACUGUGCCCUCACUAAAGCUGGGAUGUGAACUUUAAUGCACACGGGGUCUCCGGCACACCCUCGCUGUAUCCCAGCAAAUUAGCCAAGGACGCUGACGAUGUUCCGGUUCGUAGGAACUCUAAAGAGGAGACAUGCAAAUCUGGUGGGACAAUACUCAGCACACUGAAAAUGAGCUGGGGCGAAUGGACAACCUUUCAGCCUCUUAAUUGUUCUUGGAAUAAAGCGGCUUGAAAAACGUUUGCGUUCACAGUGGGACGACUGGAGACACUGCGUACAGACCGUACAUUAAAAAAAAAAAAUGCAAUUUUAAAGAGGAUGAUUUAAAUUCCUAUGAAUCAUCUAAAUGACUCCUUAUACCUUGGAAACACUCUCGUGACUUUGCUCAGCCAUGGAUCGUCUAUUAUUAUUUGUGUGUCAUGGGUGUGUUUUGGAAAUGUUCACCACUGUUAAGGAUCUCUCGUCACACAAUGCGGACACAAACUCGCAAUCCUUUACCAUGCCUUAUUAAGGAUGCUAAAUGAUUUCAUCAUGGUUUGCUUUAAAUUCCUUUUGUUUCUCUUAUUGUAGUGUUGUAACAAACCGAACCACAUUAAACAAUUAUUCACUUAAGAAAGAAAAAAAAAAAAAAAAACAGCAACCUUUUAUUAUUACUACAGGUGUGCAUUGCAAUGUAAAAAAAACAAAAACUGAAGAGUUAGUACGUAAGGAAUGAAACACAAACUGGGGUUUGCUGUUAUAGGAUAAUAAUCAAUGAAUCAAAUGAGUGGUGGUACUACUACCACCCCCGAGUCCUAUUAAAGUGCAUUAUUCCUCUUAUACCACAUCAAUGACACAUUUUGUAUUAAUUAAAGAACGACACGUCGUACAUCUCGUCAGUUUAUGGUUAGGUUUAAUGUUGUGGAAUAGCCAUGAAAUAAAUUAGUUCCUGUUAUCAUUUAUUUCUUCAAGUUAAUAAGAUAUUUGUCUAUAAAAUGUACAACAUAUAGUUAGUUAAUACAUAAAACCAAUCUAAGCCUUGGCAGAUUGCUGUGGUAUAAGAGGAAUAACACUUUGGGAUGUAGAAAAAUAAUACCAUUUGGGCUGGUAACAGUAACAAUGCAUUAAAAAUGGAUUAUUUUCUAAUUGCCAUUCUUUACAUAUUUAUAUUCUACAUUUGGGAAUAUUUGUCUGAUGCUUGUACUUCUUAUAUUUAGAGGAAUAGAGCGUUCUUCGACGGAAACCCUGUUCACAGCAUCUAUUACAUAGAACAUAACAUAAGUGGGAUUGCAUUUUCCUGUAUUGAGAAAAUAACUUGAAGCCUGUUUACUUGAAACUCACGUCAUAGAAGUCUAAAGGCAAUUAUUUGAGCGUCAGUAAAGAUUUUAAUAAAUUCUUUAAUAAAUUCUUCACGUAUAAAGUAAAAGGGAUUUAAAGGUAUUUAAACCUGUAUGAUACUUUUUCCCCAGAGGGAAGGAUUUGUUUGCGUUGCCAACGUAGACACAAAAACAUUACAACCCCAAAGUUGAUUAUUCUCCAGUAACAGCAAUCUGCCAUCGUUUACAAUAUUUUAAACACGAACACGUACGUUUUAGCCGUUUGUCAUUAUGUUUAAUGUUGUGGGACACCCACAAAACAAGUUAUCAUGUUAUAACAGCUCAAAUCAACUGUUCCCUCACCAGCAUUUCUGGGGUUUUUUUUUUUUUUUUUGGUAAAAGGACAUGAAGACUUUCAUGCUGGAGAACGUAAAGGCACAUCAGGAGACUCCUUCCAAAAAUGCUAAAUAAACAAUCUCCUCACUCGUCUAUAUCAACGAUUAUUACACACAUUUGUAAAAGAAUUUGUUUACGUGGAGCAUCCGUGCGCAAGUCGUUACCUUGUAAACGGCCUGUUCGUGAUGAGCUGUUAGAGAAAAGGAUUCAACACUUUCUGACCAAUCAGACUUGAGCAUGCAGUAGCACUAUGGUAUAAGAUGAAACCUUCAUUUCUGCCUGAUGGGACACAGCACAAAAUCUCUGCCGAAGUGAAUUACUUUUAUUUGAUUUGGACCUUUGAUAAAAACUACAUAAGAACCCCAUUAUUAAGACACACACAGGCAUUAUAGCACAUAAAUUCCUCACAUAAGUCUUGACUAUGAUGUAUUCAAUAUAUACAAUUUCUGACACGUGGAGUCAGCAUCACGGUUUCUUUUCUGCCUUCUCCAAAAAGCGCUGCACGUUUUUAAGAGUGUCUUGUAGAUCCGUGUACUUCGCAAGCCUGCACGCCUCGUCCAACUUGACCCAGCGGUAGUCUUGGUGCUCAUCCGACAGUUUGACCUUUAUGCCAGGGUCACGAAGCUCAGCCAGCCAAUAGAGGACCUCCUUUUCCUUACCCCGCACUUGAUAAUGCAAUCUCUGCAGAAAGCCAUCAAGCACACGCAGAUGCUCUUUACCCAAACCCGCCUCCUCCUGAGUCUCUCUCCAUGCGGUGGUCAGGUCGUCCUCUCCAGGGUCAACAUGACCUAAAGGACAUAGAGAAACUGUAAGACCUGGAACGAAGCAGAAAUUAUACUAGAUAGCACGAUAGGCACACCUUUGGGUGGAGUCCAGUGGUGUUCUCCAUAUGAGGUUUGCAGGAGAAGAUACUGGAUGUUGUCUGGGGAAGGAGGAUGUGCCAGGCGGCGAAAUAUUAUAAAGCCACAAGCUCGGAGCAUCAUGAUCUGAGGAAAAGAAUUCAAAAUGGGUAGAGCUUUAUCAAAGGGGACAUGUACACACACGAUCAACGGUUAAAGGUCGGCCGAAGUGAGCGGAAGUUGUUCAUUUGUAAUAAAACAAAUCUAUG